AUGACAACAGCAAAGAUCAUGUCACAUGUGCAUAUUAUUGAACUAUGCCUUGAUUGCUGUUCUUUUAUGACUUCUCAACAAAAUUUUGAAACUAUCGAAUCAGAAGCAAACAUUCUUUCAAAUUCAUUCAGGAAGCAUAAAGGAAAAGAAGAACAGAAAUGUGUCACACCAGACUUUCUGGCACUUCAUUUGGCUACGCAUAAUAAUAUUUCACCAUCUUCCAAUUAUCUCAACCAAUUUUCAAUGAAACUUAAAAAAAUCAUUUCAUGGAUGAACUCAACCCAAACAUGA